AUGUCUCAAAGGUAUUCUGACAGUUCGCUGGAUGAGAAGUCCAAGCUACUGAGGUAUCGUUUGCACUCUGAGCUGCGCCUGGAUGAAGACGGGAACCCUGCUCCUGGGCUCCCCAGGCCACGGGACUCCCUGAAGUCAAUGGAGGAUGCCGUCUUCCAGGCGGAGUGCCCGCUGCCGUGUGAGCCCCACCACGUCAUCCUGAGCACGGAGAGCCCCGCUGCCCUCAAGGUGGACACCCAGCAGCUGAUCCCCAAGGGCCUGGCCGUGUCCACCAAGGCCAAGACGCCCACCCGGCACCAGAGCUUCGCCCUGACCAUGACCAGCAAGGAGGCUGCCUGCCGGGACUCCAAGAGGCUCUCUGCCCCCAGCUUCUCCUGGGAUGACCUCGACGUGGACGUGACCUCGGCAGGGAUGCUGAAGCGCAACCUCCGGAAUCAGUCCUACCGUGCAGCCAUGAAGGGCUUCGGGAGCCCGGCGGAGCCCAACCCCAUCCCUACCCUCAAACCUCUGGUGGAAGAGCCGGUCCAGGCACAAGCACGGAGCCCGGCCAGGAACAAGCUACAGAAGACUCUUGGGAGGAAGCGCGCAUACAAGGGCUCUUUCAAGGAUGAUCCUAGGUUCUACCAGGAAAUCCGGGAGAGGGGCCUGAACACCAGCCACGAAUCAGACGAUGAUCAGCUGGAUGACUGCUUGAGCCCAGAGGGACCUCGGAAGGUAGACGCCACAAUUGUGGUGAAGAAUUACCGGCCUGCCCAGGUCACCUGGAGCCAGCUCCCUGAGGUGGUGGAAUCUGGGCUGCUGGAUCAGCUGUCCCCGGAGGAGCGGAAGCGGCAGGAGGCUAUUUUUGAGAUCAUCACUUCAGAGUUCUCCUACUUGCACAGCCUGGGCAUCCUCGUGUCAGAGUUCUUGAAAUCCAAGGAGCUUCGGGGCACCAUGACACAGACGGAGCACCACCACCUCUUCUCCAACAUCAUGGAUGUCCAGAGUGCCAGCCAGAAGUUUUUUGAAGACCUGGAGUGGAGACACAAAGAGCACGUGUGCGUCACCGACAUCAGUGACAUUCUAGAGGACCACGCCUUAAACCACUUCCACCCCUACGUGGCGUAUUGCUCCAACGAGGUCUACCAGCAGAGGACCCUUCAGAAGCUGACGAAUUCCAACCCAGGUUUCCGAGAGGUCCUGAAGGAAAUCGAGAAGAGACCAGCCUGUGGGGGCCUGCCAAUGAUCUCCUUUCUCAUCCUCCCCAUGCAGAGAGUGACCCGGCUCCCUCUUCUGAUGGAUACUCUUUGCCUGAAGACCCAGGGCCACCCAGACCGAUGUAAAGUUGCCAACCGAGCGCUGAAGGCCAUCAGCAAGUUGAUAAAACAGUGUAACGAGGGGGCUCACAAGAUGGAGAGGACGGAGCAGAUGUACAACCUGCAAACGCAGCUGGACAUUGGCAAAAUCAAGGCCUUUCCCCUGAUCUCUGCCUCCAGGUGGUUACUGAAGAGGGGGGAGCUGUCCUUGGUGGAAGAGCCUAGCCUCUUCCGGAAGAUCUCCAGUAGGCCAACUUGCUACCUCUUCCUGUUUAACGACGUUCUGAUGGUCACCAAGAAGAAGAGUGAGGAGCACUAUGUGGUGACGGAUUAUGCCAAGUUGGACCAGAUUCAAGUCAGGAAGGUGGAGCCCGAUGAAAUCUCGUUUCCAGGAGGGAGCAACCGUAGCUCGUCCAUCCCGUACCCCUUCCAGGUGACCAUGCUGAAGAACAGUGAAGGGAAGCAAGAGCAGAUCCUGUUGUCUUCAGACUCCUCGAGUGACAGGGCUGGGUGGAUCACUGCCCUGGAGCACAAGGAGAAUACGGAGCAAGGCUUGGCCAGUAAAGGAGACCUGCACCAGGUGGAGAUCACCAAGGCCUAUUUUGCCAAACAGGCUGAUGAGAUCAACCUCCAACAGUCCGAUGUGGUCCUGAUUCAGCAUCGAGAAGAUGGCUGGUUUUACGGAGAGCGGCUGCGUGAUGGGGAGAUUGGCUGGUUCCCCGAGGAAUAUGCCCAAGCCAUCACCAGCAGAGUGGCUGUGGAGGGCAACGUGCGCAGAUUGGAACGACUUAGGGUGGAGACAGACGUGUAG